CUCAGACAUAAUGCCAAUGCGGGCCACGCCGGAAUCCGUUUGGUAUCUCCACGUUCCUGCAUCGGAUCCCAUUCUCAAUUGCAACCUACAAUUCUGUUUUCAUUCAUUAACAGAAGGACUGAACUGUGAGCGACCGGUUUGAAUGCUACCAAGCAUCCGUUACACAGCCACAAACGCCCUCCAUGACAAAGGUUUCUCUUCUUCAUUCUUUUCAUGACCGACUCUUGGUCAAAAACGUUGAUCAAGAUGGCAAUGUCCGUCCAGUGUCACUCCUCGAUAACGAUUCGAUCCGACCUGUGCGGACGGAGGAUCGAAGAUGGACUCAAUUGACUUAUCUUUUCUUCUGGUUUUCUGCGACUGCCAAUGUCAGUAACCUCUAUGCCGCAUCGACUGGAAUGGCGAUGGGACUUUCUAUGUGGGAAGCCGUGGCCUGUUCGUUUGGUGGGCAGAUCUUAGCUGGCCUUCUCAUGGCCUUGAAUGGACGCGGCGGAGCUGUCUAUCGUAUCCCAUUUCCAGUCCUCUGUCGAGCCAGUUUCGGUGUUUGGGGAAGUCUUUGGCCGACUUUCAAUCGAGCCUGCAUGUCUAUCGUCUGGAAUGGAGUAAACAGCGUCCAAGGAGCGCAAUGCUUAUACGUACUACUUCAUGCGAUAUUCCCAUCAAUCGCGCGUAUACACGACACAAUGGGCACUGCUUCAGCCCUUACUUCUGGCGGUAUGAUCUGUUUCGCAGUGUACUGGAUUCUCAAUUGUGCUUUUCUGUUCAUUCCAGUCCCAAAGAUGAGGAUGCUGGUAUACAUUAAAGUUGGCGUUUAUUACUGUGGCGCUUUUGCGAUGUUGGCAUGGACAGUGUCCCUUGCAAGGAAUACUUCUGCUUCUCUUGCCCGCCCAUCUACUAUCAAGGGGCCCGAGAAAUCGUGGAUGAUUGCGAAGUUCAUUUUUCUUGGUCUUGCACAAUGUGGAACAUUCAUCUCCAACGCUGCCGAUCUCCAGCGAUAUGCGAGGAGACCUAACGAUGUUCUUUUGGGCCAAAUCAUCAGCUUUCCGGUCUCAAACUUGCUGGUUGCUGUUCUGGGUAACGUAAUAGCAGCCACGAGUGAAAGUAUUCUAGGAGAGUUUGUCUGGAAUCCGCUCAUCCUGCUUGACAGGCUGAUGGAAGGUGACCGAUAUACACCUGCCAAUCGUGCCGGCUGUGCAAUGAUUGCAAUUGCAUUCGUAUACUCGACUAUCUUCUCCGCUAUCUUUGAGAACUCUAUCCCUGCCGGAAACGAUAUCGCUGCUCUAUGCCCAAGAUACAUCACUGUGAAAAGAGGAUUUUUCAUUUGCGCCAUCUUAUCUUACGCUAUCUGUCCUUGGUACCUCCUCUCCUCAGCCAUUGUGUUCAUCAACUUUCUCGCCUCUUAUCAAGUCUUCCUUGCUGCCAUAACUGGAAUUCUAAUCUGCGACUACUACUACCUCCGUCGAGGUCUCCUUUACAUCCCCGCCCUCUACACCACAAGUCGUGAGGGACCGUAUCGCUUCACCAAAGGCUGGAACAUCCGCGCAUUCGCAGUCUACAUCAUAGCCGUAGCGCCUAACUUCUACGGAUUUUUGAAUCAACUGGGGGUGACUGCAGCAUUGAGUAUCCAGAGAUUCUAUUACGUCGCCUAUCCGGUCGCGCUUUUAAUCGCGUAUGGCGGCUAUUGGGUAUCGAACCUGGUGUGGCCGGCAAAGGCGCUGCAUACACAUGAAGGAUGGCUGGAGCCGAAGGAGUAUGUGGAUGAGUUUGAUGGUAGCAAUGCGCGCAUUCCGUUGACGCUCGAUGGCGUUGACGCUAAUGGGAGAAACUGGUCGACAAUGGCUCCGGGGGAGGUUAAUGUUCUAAGCAAGGGAUCUUCUUAG